AUUUUGUUCGGGUGACUCUCAAAAUAACUUCCUUUGACGAUAGUCCCUCGACUGGAUCAGACGAAAGUUUCUGUUGAUUUGUUGUUUUCUUAACACAAACACAAUGGAUCAAAUUCGGUUAGAGAUUUUGUUUGCUGUUACAGCACAUGUCUCUACUACUAGAGCAAUUUUUCGACCUUUUCGUGGUAACGAUUUUGUUUCUAACACUGGGGCUACCCUCUUUUGUGCAAGCGAAGAUUACAGGAACAAUGAAAUAACACUCCUUACCUGAAAGCACUAUAUUAAUUCUUUCUCUUACUUUGCCUUUACUAACAAGGUAAUUGUGCUCCGUUCGGCUUAUUAUUAGCACAAAGCCAGUUUUAAUGUAAUAUUUAACAAAAAAUAAUGACCAAUUAUACUUAAAUUAGUCACUGGAAACAAAAGCUUUAAAUCCAGUAUUUAAACAACAAAUCGAGUGCGCGGUGGUACUAGAAAAAGAAGGGGUUUUUAACAGGCAACUAGAACUUUUCCUUUCGCAGUUUUUCUUUUUGUCGGUCAGGACGGGUGAGAGAAUGGAAAUCGACUAUGAAAAUGGAAGAAGAAGAAGAAAGACCUGCAAGAGCGAUUUGCCAAUUAAUUUACCAAGUCUAGCAACAUCUUAUGUUCGACAGAAUAACGACCUAAGGAAAACCCUUCGUCGCUUUGAACGAGAAAAGCAGAAGAAACUGAAGACCAUCGAUAGCGAUAUUUUGGAUUUGCACAAGUUCUUGGGGGAUUUGAAAUGCGUAAUUUCGUUUCCGAUAGAAAAGAAUUUUUCGCUGGGUGCAACGUCUGAGGAACGUCAUGUGGAGGCAGUAACCGAAGAGAAGCAAAAUGAACUACUGUUUGAAUACAGUAAUAAAACCCCUUCUACAUCGUCACUAAGGGCCUCUGACACUGUGCAGAAAAUAGAAAGCGACGAAACACACACAUUGUUCACUAUAGCUCCAAAACCAAGGCCAUGUACUGGCUAUGGCAUCCAAACAGCUUUGGUCCGAAGUUUCCGAAGGCGGAGCUUAAGCGUUGGUGAAAUGUGUUCAGGAACAUUGAAUCACCUAAGUUCCUCUGUUAGCUAUAAUCAGCCAUUACUCCAGAGAAGAAAAUCUUAUGCAGGAAACGACUCAAGAAACAUUCCAGUGGAAUACCAUUACAAAUGGAAAAUGGGCGUUGGUAAAACUGCUUUCAACGGUAACACCAGAAACCUUACUCAACAAGCACCGUGUACAGGAGAAAGAUUAGAAGAAAGCAAGUUAAAUGGACAAACUGAGAAAAAGAGAAAAUGUUCUAUCUUGUUUUCAAGACCUCCAUCAAUGGUUGUGGAAGAACCAAGAGUAAAUGAAACAAUCCAACAGAAAGGUCAUUCAAGGUCUAAUUCGCCAUCCUCUAUUCGAAACAACAUACCAGAAGUUAGGAAUUAUGACAAUGGGAUACUAAUAUCACUCGGAAACUGUUUUAAAAUAUCACCCAUAGAAUCAAGCAAGCAAACGGAAACCAAAAACUUGUCUCACUCCUCAACUUCAAAGACCCGUUUUGCCUUUUGCAGGAAAGGAUUCUCUAAAAACGUUCUGAAUAAAGACACGUUUUACACAGAAACACGGUCUAGCCUAUUACGAAAACAAAGUACCCAGGAUUUAGGAAUUGGGCUUAGUGUAAAGCAAAGGGACAAAGCUUAAAUAGUUUUGUGUGUAGACAACAAAGUAUUAGGCCAUACAGCAGACAGCAGACUUAACUCCUUGGACUACUCAAUAUCCCGCAGGGUUUAAUUGCUUGCUUUAUUUAUCACUUGUACUUCGUAAACGGAAUCGAUAAAUUAAACGGUUCUAUUGUGCGGUAAAGCCGAUAAGCAAUAUCACAUACAAUAACUUUCAUCACAGUGACGGGGGCGUUUUUUAAGGUCUCAUGUAAGGAUUUGAUGACGACUUGAUAUUUUGUGUACAAAUUUUCUCACUCUUUUGCUUUUGCUAAUGAAUUAAUUUAUAUAUUUAUGUUGUUCAUCGAACAGUAAAAUUUUUUAUUAGUAUACACGUUUUUAUCACUCCGUUGUAGUUGUAAUGAAGUAUUUUAUUGAUUACAAAAAGGGAAAGGCGUGCCUCCUUGCCACUUUAUUGCUCAGAACGUCGCUUACUCGACCAGUAAUAAUUUUUACCUGGUAACACUGUCCUGGUUACAAUUAAGAGUAACCGGCUUCACGCCGGAAUAAAACACUUAAAAAGCUAAUACACUGUUGAGCUGACCCUGACAUGUACGACUUUAUGAACUUUAUCUCAAACACAGUCGCUGUACAAUAUAUUUUGCACUUUAUAUAAAGUAUAAGUCAAAUUUGUGGAACCAAGAUGGAAAGGUGUUACUUGUUGGGCCAGACAGAAACAACUGAAGUUUAAGAACUCCACUUUAAAAGUUUUUGUUAUUAAUUGAAUUCGCAUGGAUAUUUGAGACUAAUUAAAAAGAGCGGAAAAUUCCUCUCCAUCUCUGACUGACAGAUAUUUAUUAUUGCUCCCAGUAUUUUGCACUUUAGCAUCUUUCCGCUUUUAUUUUGAUAAGUCGCUCUUCUGACACCAAAUCGUUCAACUGAAGUUCAUUUUUAUUUGAAAACUAACACAGCACGUAAAUCGCUUGCUUUUGGUUGCUUCAGUAAAUAAUUCAGCAGGACUUAAUAGUUAAACAUAAAACCUUGAGAGGUGUGUUUUUAAACAGAAUCAGAAUUAUAAUCCUUACCGAGACCUAAUCAGACUAUAUUGGUUCUCUAAACGGCGGUUGGUAUCAGUCUUAACAGGAAUUAAAGAAGUCUAAAAUUGACGAUUUGGAUUCUAAACAACCAUUUUUCUCUUAGGAGAUCUUAAAGCGUAUUUCUUCCUGUUACAUAUUUGAAAUUGUCACAACUGCCAAUCGUCAAUAAUCAUAUUGACAAAAGACAAUUUUGAAUUUGUGAGGAGAGACGUAUAUUUGCUUUACUGAUUCACUGAAAUUUUCAGCUGCAGUUUCCAGACGGCCGACUGCAUAAUUUUACUGCCUAUAUGAGAAAGAUAAUGUAAAUGGUAGCGAACCGUCAUUACUUUUCGGCUGUGGAUGACUCUAUAUUAGACAGGUUUAUGUCACGAAAAGGAUGUAAAAGCCGGAAUAAUACCCUGCAAGGCAAAUAACCUUUUAGUGAUGCAGGUGGUUUAUUGUAGCUGCUGCACUUAAGCUCAGCAUGGGGCGGUCAAUAUCACCAUCACCCAACUACACUAAAUACUGACAUAAAAACCAAAGAAAUUUGCAUCUAACAAAAAUAACAGUUGCGAUAUCUUGAAUUUCUUCAGAAAGUAAUACAAGGAAACGUAUGUUGAAAAAAAAAGAAACAUUGAAAUGGGUGUACGUUGUGAACUUCGUAAAUGUGAUUAAUCGAGCUAAAUAUCGCUGUAAACAAGAAAUAGGACCAUGUCUUCGCAUAAUAGCAGCAAGGAUGGUGAGCGAGUAGGAUCCGCCAGAAAGCGAAUUUCCACUUUAAAUGACCACGAAGAUCAUCUUCUUCGACGUAGAAUACACACUUAUCAGAAAAUGCAUGAUAAGGAGAUCGCUGAAGUUGCAAGCCAACUUGAGGAGAUCCGAGAUUCAAUGAAAGCACUCGUAACAGAUCCACUUUAUGGAACUCACGCAUUGGUCAACACAGGGAUUGAACACGAAAGCUCUUACAAAAGCCCAGUGAUUAAUAAACGACGGAAGUCGAUUCUCCGACGAACUCAGAGUUUUCCAGAGUUGUUAGAUAGUUCAAGCGACGACAGUGUUCGGCGUACAAAUCCUUCGCCAUUUCCUGCUCUUAAAAUGGAACACCUAAGCGUUCAUCACGCCGCUCCUCUUGUGACUCAUAAAAGAUUUGGCGAAGCAAAGUCGAGUUCGAUCGGUUCGCAUUUCGUUAACCCGAGCAUUCAGUCUGGGAAAGAAGCACUCAACUGGCACAACAAUGAACAUAAAAAGCUUGAAAGGUCCAAAACAGCUCCAGUAGCAUUGCUACAGCCACUUCUGAGAACUACUCCGGAAAUGAUGAGAAAAAAAAUCCAUAUUUCCACCUCAAACAAGUUAAGCACUGAGCCGGAGGUUUCGGCUAGAAGAGGUGUAUCGCCACGUUUUGUAGAUCCGAACGCUAUGACCCAUAAUGCAUCACAUUUGCAGACAAAUCACCCUGAUAUGAGAAAUCAUAUUCCCGCUCGAGAUAUAGCCAGCUCAGAUUCUCUUUUAAGGGGACAAGAAACGUCUAAUUUUUUGUACAAAUCCAGGUUACAGCCGGGUAAGCCCAUUGUAAAAGCUUACCCCACCAAUAUGGUUCCUGCAGAGGACGAGCAAAAUGACGCUGUUUCUGUGUCGCUUCAAGCCGUAAAGAAUCGAGGGCAUAAGUCCCCAUUAAAAGGUAUUUCCAGACCUCUUAAUAAAUUCAAACAAGAACUUUUCAAGGCUAAUUGCGGCAACGAAAAAGAAGCUGACGAAGUGGAUGAUUUAAAAAAUUGUCGGUACCUGCGAUUCACGAAAGAGAGUCAAGAAAGUAAUCGAAUCUAGCUUGUGAAUGGAAAAAGACUAAGUUUUAAAUAUUCCGAAUUCGGGAGCAAAUGUAAAUGUUUCAAAGACACGACGCCAAACUAACUAACCCUAGAGGAAGGAGUAUUUCAAUCAACUAAACCAUUGUAUCUUAAUUAGAAGUGCGGAGCUUGUUUUAGAUCGAGAGUAUCGUUCAUCAAUUUGCAAAGUGAAAUUUGAAAAGCCGCGAAAAGAUUCUACAUGUAAUAGGAGUAUUUCAGCUUGUUUUUAAUUUAGAGCAGAGGCGUACAAUUCAUAUUUAGAGCGCAUGAUAUAAUGGCUCAUACACCAUGAUGGCUAAGCCAAUCAGAGCUCUAGAAUUGCGUUAUCCAAUGAUUCAGUCUUUAAUAAUUAUUAUUUUAUUUUAUCUUUUUGGGAAUGUUAAUAUUAGAUGGAAUUACAGGACAUGGACUUUGAGUAAAGAGAGGACUUGCCAUGUACCUGUUUUACAACUUACUUACUUAAUUCAUCAACUAAUUAAUUUACUUUUAUUGAAUUGAUUAUUCCAUAAAAAUACGAUCAAUCUUUACGAGACUGAGAACAAGGGUGGGCCGAGUAUUACAAACCUUGCAGGACAGGUUUAUUGAUGGAUACUGAGUCAGAGGCCUAGCCACCGAAAGAGAAUACACCCGCGUGAGGGUCUACACAUAUUCUCUCUCAUAAAACAUUCUUCCAAGUUGAUUUGAGUUUAGAAAAAGUUUCCCCUUCAACACAAUUCUGUUUCCUUGUAUCCGGAAUAUUUUUUCAGAUUUACUGAAUAAAGCAUGGGGUAUCUAUGUUCCUGAUCUGGAAGUCAAAUUGCUUGCUUGAGAUUUACUGUUUCAAAGAAGGUUACUUAGUGUUUCCAUUACGCAAUCACUGAAACACUUAGUAGGGAUAUGAACCAAAGCUUUUCGGCUUUCAGUGUAAUUCGUAUAAGUGGUAUGAGUGUAUCUUACUAUUUGAACUUAAAAGAAAAUAGUGUCACUGUUAUGUUACAUAUCGUCGAUGAGAUCUAUGCAUUUUUUAUCUCCGAAGUGCUAUUCAAUAACGUGCGAAAUACAGCUUAAUGCGUUCAAAAUUAGAAGAUACAGUUUUUAAUAAACGAAUGAAACUACUAGACACUGAUAGUUGUCUUAAGAAAGUUAAGUUUUUUUCUUUGACUAUGUUAUAUGGUGACCUUUACCUAUACCAAAAGGAUGCUCAUUUUUUCUCGUUUUUAUAGUGAAAUUUUUGUGUGGAUUGAACUCUGUUAUUGCCCGCUCGCUGACAUAAUUUCUUCACCUGCAAAACCUUCAUUUGGCGCAAGGACAUAAUAUGCAAAUACACUAAAGUUGUUAUUUUAGUUAACAGUUGUCGGUCGUAAUUUCCUGGCAAUAACAGCUAUUUAAUUUGCAAUUUCUAAAUGGACUUGGGCUAAAAAACACUUACGAACAAUCACUGUGAAAACAGGACAUGAGAUUUGAAUAGCAAGUCCAUUAUCAGUCAAAAAAAUUUUACCAGCUAUUUUAAUUAAGCGUAAUUUAACUUCGAAAUAAAUUGCAUGGAUAAAGGUAUUACACACUUUUCGAGAUAAAUUAUUCAUCCUAAGUAAAUAAAAUGUGAUCGACGCUGCAAUUUUGAAGAAAAUAUUGACCUGUGAGUAAGCUAUUCAGUAUUUUGGCCGGUCCUGCAUGAUUAAGGCUGAUGGCUUGACUGUCCCAACCAUAAAGCAAAACAUUUCCUACAGAACAGGACCUUCAAGAAAAUAUCAGUGCCAGUUUUCAAUAACGAUCAUUGUAAAUUUACGCUGUUUUUUCCUUGCCAAGAACCAUGCAAAGACCCUUCUUCGUUCCACAAACGAUGUGGCAAGACAUUGCUUGCGUUGGUAUUCAGUAUUUUUGAUGGAUUCAAGGAAAGUGAAGGACUUCGGUUUACAAGGCCAAAAGGCUUCUCCAGCUUAUUUUCACGAACAGUCAAAGUUAAGGAAACGUCUUGAUGGGUAUGAAAGAGAAAAAGAGAAAUGUCUGAGAAAAAUAUCAGAUAGGCAGGAUACACUGAUGAACGUGUUAGUCAACCAACGAAGCGUGCCUGGUGAACUGAGCGUGGAAACCAAGACUCACACAGAAGCUUUUCCUAGCCGCCUACGACGUAACACGAUAUCGACACUUGCUUCCGAAAAUCCGACCAGUAUGGAAAUUUAUUCCAGUCAGCUCGAGCUCCGAAAAUUAUCCAUUAGCAGCGAUUCAAGAUACAGAAAUUUGUCGUCUUAUUCCACACAGACAGUAAACGAGAAUAAGGUGGUUCGGAAAUUAAGCGAUCCGCUAGAAUUUGCAGAUCACAGAAAGCUAACUGUCCGACCCAAGAGAAAACUUACGACCGGUCAAAUUGAGUUGGCGGUGUCAUCAAAGGGAGUUUGCCCUUAUUCUUUUCGUGAAGAUACAAUGAAAUACGAUUUGUUAAAAAAUCAAAGUAUAAAAUCUGAUGUUAUGGAAUUCUCACUUCAACAAGUGAAGGGCUCAAACGAGUCUGUCCUAACUCAGUCAAGAUCAGAACAUAAAGAUUCAAAAGUAAUUUUAGCGUCUCACCCGUCUUCAGUUGCUAAUAUGCAGUUUAAUAAGACAGGCGCUCAAGUACAAAGUAAACAUUUAAAGGAGGCUAUGAUUAACACCCCAAAAAAACUUCUUCAUCAAAGGCCAAGCACAUCAAACGAGUUUUUCCCCAAUUUCCAAGGAAUGAAAAGUGUUUUGAGCAAGGAAACUGAAAUGUUAAAUACAGAAGCUCAAAAUGAUAUUCAUAAAAUAACACCUGCGACAAUAUCCCCAGUUAUAGAGAGACAACUUUAUUCAGUAUCAGAAUCGUCAACUAAAAACUUCGAAACUCUGCCGCAUCUCCCGGCUAACUGCGAUGGUAAACUAAAUUUAAUGGAAAGUGAAAGCGGCCCAGGAGAGGGCAGUAAAUUCGUGUUAAGGCGGAAAAAGAGUAUAUCGACGGAUAUCAGCAAAAGGCAUUUGCAUGAACAAACAAUCUCAAUAUCUCAAGCAGGUGCAACUCCAGCUGUUGGUUUCCAUAGAAACGCUUGGAGUGCGGAGACUAAUUCUCCUCGAAGGAAAAUAUCAACCGUUAAAGCUCCCGAAGGAAUUAUUGAUCACGUGCCCUUAUCUCGUCAACGAAGUGAUGAUGCAUCGAGCCUGUCAAAGGAAACGCAACGAAAUUUUGAAGCACUACGGAAUUUUCGUCGCUUAGCGCUGGUCGUCGUCGCGGCAGAGAGAUUCCGUUCUAAUACCCUUGAAUCGCACUCAGAAGACCGUGAAGAAACAGUUGCGAAACGGAAGUUGUCAUCAAAAUCAAGAUUAGAAGAUUUACAAAGACCGACUGAAAGCUACCUAAGGCAAAUUGUAGCUGACGAAGAUUUUACACCAGUCCUCAAGACAAGGAGUAGGUCACUGGGCGCAGUGACUCAUGGGAAAACAUCAGUCAGCGGUAUCGCCAAGUUUCGACGAGUUACUCAGGCUGCCAUGGCAACGCAAAUUUUACUCGAAAGAGAAAAUAGAAAAGAAACGAAGGGUAGGUUCUCGAGUGUGGAAGCUCGUCAGGAAAUAAAUCGGGAAAAAUCCCUCGCUGAAAUGAUGAACGAGUUAAAGGACUGUAGAUACUUGAGAACUGGUUCUAUAUCAAAGCAGGACUAG